GCCGCCACGGUCAGGUUUCAGGCUGAUUGUCCACCCACCGCGGCAGUAAGGAACGUUGAUGUUAUUUGCGGGCGACAUCAUCCAUGAACGAUGGAUGACCGGUCUUGACUCCGAGUCUCAUCUUUAACUCAAUCACUCAUCAUAUUUGAGAUCACGUUUGACUUUUUCUCGUUCUGUUUUGUAGUAGUAGUAUUCUUCCUUUUAACCACACCGCUCGCCGUCUCUUCUGUUUGUUGCUCUAUUUUCCACAGUAUCUAUCCUCUCCAAAUAUCCAUCUCGAACAGACAGCCACCAUGAGCGCCAACGGCAGCCAACAACAACAAAAAUCCCCGCUCCGCAUCGUCGUCGGCAGCGACAACGCGGGCCACGCCUACAAAACCGCCCUCAAAGAAACCCUCAGCAAACACAAGGGCGUCACCAAAGUGUUGGACGUCGGUGUCGUCGACGCCGACGACGCCACGGCGUAUCCGCAUUUGGCUGUGGAUGCUUGCAAAAAGAUUAAAUCUGGAGAGGCCGAUCGAGCCCUCCUCAUCUGCGGCACCGGUCUCGGCGUCGCCAUUUCGGCCAACAAAGUUGAGGGGAUCCGAGCCGUGACGGCGCAUGAUCCGUACAGUGUCGAACGGAGUGUCUUGUCCAACAAUGCCCAGGUGCUGUGUUUCGGCCAGCGCGUCAUUGGACUCGAGUUGGCGAAGAAGCUGGUCGACGAGUGGGUCGAGUUGCGGUUUGACGAACAGAGCGCGAGUGCGGAAAAGGUCGCUCAUAUUUCGAAAUAUGAGGAGAAGUUUGGCGAGUUGUAAAUGAAUGACACUGUGACAUGACACCAAAAAAAAAAGGAACAGAAGGGAAAAAGAAAGAGCCAGAUGGAAUGGAAUGGACCGGGGAAAACAUACAUUCCACCUAUGCCAUCCAUCUCGGGAACUUGAAACGAUGAACUUGAAUGGCUAGUUGGAAAAGGAGCCGUGCAAACCAAAACCCGUUUGGAUACGUGGACCGUCUUUAUUGACAAUGCAAAAAUCCAACCCGUAAUUGGUGAGACACCGGCAGUUCACACCUGGGGCGACGACAAAACUAUCCGGUCCCAAUAUAUGUUGUCCUUCGGGGACAAUCUUCCAUAUGUUCAACUUGAACUUGGGCAUUGGGAGUUCGAGACAACCAACAGCCGGAACAGUGCCAUUGUCUACCUACUAUACGGCAACAUCAACAGCAGUUGGAACCAGUGGAUGACAAGUAAGAGGAAUAUGGGAAAGCAAAAGCAAAAAGCAUCAUUAUCGAGUUCAGAGUUAUCCAUUUUCCUCUGCUACCAAUAUUCCGCCGUGCAGUGACACAAUACAGUCCUGCUGCAGAUCACUGGCACUCAUUGUAAACGUUCUGGCCCGCCUGGCAGAGAAAAUCCCAUCGCGAUGGAUGACUAGCAGUUGCUAACAAAAGGCAUACAGGCCUCAGGCAUACAAAGCAGACAUUCAUCACGGCGUAGAGAAAUGUCUAUCCUCGCAUGCUUCUCCCAUCUUUUAGCCAUGACUGGUCUCCACAUCAUCGUCAUCAUCACUACCGUGACCCUCACCAUCAUUGGUUGAAUACACCCCAAUUCCAUGCAUCCAACAGCCCCUGAACUGACUUCCCUUCCCCUUGACCACCCGCCAGUACCUUGCAUUUCUUGGGCACAGUGGACUGCUCGGCAGAUGUUCCGGUAUGGUGAGGUCAAGAUGGCGCUCCGCAUCACUGGACCUGCCGGUCGAUAAAUUCUUUUCAGCCAUGGCUUCCAACGCGCUCAAGUUGACCCGUCUUUCGCCUUCUUUGGCGUCCACCGCUUGACCCCAGCCGGACGCAUCUCCCAGUCCGAGUUCGGCCAACUUGACAUCAUACCAAUCUUUUCCCAACCCACAAGGGCCUGAUUUGACAUGCUCCUUUCCUUUCUUACUACGCCCACCGUGACCUCUCCCUGCAUGAGAGCUCGACGUGCCCUUCUGUGACUGCGAUUCCUCCAUGGCACUCUCGGCACUCGUGCUGCCACUAUGUGGUGGGGAAGGUUUACCGGCAGAUGGAGAGACUUCUUCUGCUGACAACUUCCCAUCGUAGGACUGCGGGAUGGUGCUGGCCCGUCUUGGGGCGUUGUAGUCAAAGAAGAAACCUCGAUACUUCCCGUCAGGCCCUUCUUCGGGCAGCGGUGGAGUGUGUAUACGACGUGCCUCGCUCGGCAAGUAGCUGGUCCCUCCGCGGAUGCUGAUGUCGAUUUUCAGAAACUCCUCGGUUUGAGCACUGGCGCUCCUUUUCACUUUGUACGUGGCCUGCUCGGCCGGACUGUUGUUCGGCAGCCGUCCCAUCAGCAAAUUUCUUUCACUCGACGUGUACGACCGAGUGUCCCACAGAUGCUCCAUACUCCUCCGCUGGUGGGCCGUGAAAUGCUCUGUGUCUUCGGGGACCACGAGAUGAUCUUUGUCCACCUUCGGCGAACCCCAUUUGUUAGAGAAAGUCCGCCAUCUCAAAGGCUUGAUCCCGGUCGGCGGCCGCGAGGAUGCUUGAGGAGACUGCCUCAGAUCCUGUAGGAUCGCACUGACCCGGGCCAGGGCUUCGGCCGUGUGAUUUCUCCUCAGCAAGCUCGGAUGAUCUGCAAGCAGUGGGUCUUCGAACUGGGGGAGAACAAUCCUGGGUUCAGCCGGCCUGAUCUUGCUUUGCCUUUUCGUGCCGCUGGCCCGUCGUAUGAGCUGUAGGGGAGCCGAGAAAAAAUGCAGAGGAUUGAAGGAACUUUUGCGUGGUACCGCAUCACCACCAUGAGCCUCGUCGCCGUAAGACUGGCCGCGACGACGGUCCGCAGCGGAAUGCCCUGGCUCAUGUGGUUGGGCAUCCGUUUCGUUGAAGUACGCCUCGACUCUGAUCGUACUCGGAGACGACCGACUGAGGGCUGCCCUGUUCUUUGGGGCGGAUGGCGGUCGCAACGGUGUUUGAUCCGUACGCACGACAAGUACUUCAGAAUCAGAAGGACUGGGCAUAUCCCGACUCGAUGACGGGCGGCCGAUCUCACUGGAAGAGUGUUUCGCCCGGAACCAGAGGCCCCCUGAAGGCGACCUUGCCCAACCACGACCGACGAUCGAUCUUUGGGCAGAACGCGGUUGGCUCUCCUUUCUACCGGCCAACCCACCACCUGGACCGGCAGUGCUUGGGGUGAUGGGCGCAGUUUCCUGGGAUUCGUCCACGAGGUGCUCGGAGAUAGGUCGCGCAUCUUGCUCUUGACCUCUGUCUUCGGCGGUACGUGGUGGCGCCCCCGAGCCUGAACCAUGGUGACUACCCUGUUCCUCGGGAACAGCUUUCACAUGAAUCCUCUUGUGAGUUGUCGCAUGCUCAGACUGGGACCGCAGGCUUCCAAGUCGAGGUCUUGGUCGGGGCGAUGGCUUGGGAAGGGUUCCGGGGCUGAUCGGCUCAGAAAUGGGCGUGUUGGCCUCCGAAGAAGCAUUUCUCCUGGGUCGGUAGUCGAAAUAAGAGGACACGUCUUUCCGGAGAGCCUGCAUUGUGAGGGCUGAAAACAGGUCCGACUGUGGGCUGACUACUAUAUAUGAGCCUAUACUGCAUGCCAGUGAUAGUGAUACUGGCCGACAGAUCGAGGCGAAGAUAGACUGCCCGGGGAAUGCGACGGCAUAAAAUGCUCGACGGAUAUCGUCGUAGCUGCCGAGUGACAGGCGGCGCCUGGAUCGCAGCAUUACCCAGCUCCAUCCGGCAGGAGCGAGAUGUUGUGGCGAAGAAGUCCGUGAAGUUCAGCCGUCCCGCACACAUUCUCGUAAGGAUGAUGACAGUGCCUGGUAUGGUCGUCAGGACAGUGAUGGACGUAUCGACAUUCCUGUCGGCUGGCAUGAACAAAUCCAAUCCAGGAUCAUCCUUCCUCCAAUGUCAUCCUUUUGAUAUCUUCCUCGACCGAGAGUAAACCCAAGGCCCAGUGCACGCGGGUAGACCCCGAUCGAUCGAUCAAGCUGCGAUCAUGAUGCACAAACUCCGACUCAUGUUCGGCCUCAGGAUUGAACUCUUGUCUGCCACCGCUUGCUCCCGGCGAGGGACUGCCUCGCGGCUUUUGUCCGCUCACACGUUCGUCCUUGUCGUGCAUAUUCAGCGUACGUUCGUAUGGAGGUCCUCGGCCUUUCUGGGCCAUCUUUACCCAGGCAUUCUCGCAACCGCCCGCAAUGGCGGCCGAUGUGCGCCAACCGCAGUGCUUGUCGACAUCUCGUAGUUUACUUAUUGUCCAUCCACGCUGGCCCGGAUCCGUGUAUUGUACCGCGGCAAAGAGAAGGGAGAAUGUACUCUCCAUCAACGCACCGGCGAAGCUAGGCUCCAACGUUCCAAUUUGACCGUAAUGUUGUCCCGAAUAGAGCCCACCACAGAUCUUGCCCACCGUCUGGGCGUACUCGUGUGUCAGCGGCGCUGCGAAACCGGCCGAGAUCAUGGCAGCAGGAUUCAUUUCUGGAUGCAAGCGAUGCAACAAUAUCCGCCCGACAUUGUAGAAUAUCCAUAUGCAAGCAACGGCCGCGUUUUUAUACACCAGAGCCGGCCCGAAUGGCGUCGCUAUCGGCGGGUCAGAAGGUGGGAGAGGGUCGAACUCCGGGCCAAGGGCCGCACGGAAUAUGUCGAAUGCUUUGGUGAUAUCGGCAUGCUCGGAGAAGGCUUUUGCGGUCUCGUCAUCAAGGUCUCGUGGUGGUGAAGCCCCCUUUGACUCCGGUCUUAGCAUAAAUGCCGGAUCCUUGAUGUUGGCCUGCAUGGUCCGCACCGCAGGAUGCACUUGCGGAUCUCCAGCCGAAGGCAUCAUCCCAAACAUUGGCGGACUGUUCGUCGACUCCGGCCCCGGACCUUGAGAUGGAGUUGGCUUGGUCUGCCUGACUCUGCCCUCAUUAGCACUGGGCGCUGGCGCAGGUUUCACGGAGUUCUGGCCAGCGGACCUCAUUGACGCGGUAUUUCUUCCCGAGCCUGAGCUGGAGGACUUGUUUACUGUACCGGACCUCUCUUUACCUUUGCUUCCAGGGGGUCCCGGUGACCCCCUGGGCCCGAAGAGCCACAAAGGAGGCCGCCAUUCUCCUCCUUGAGCUUCAACUGCCCGCUGCUUGCGGAUCCGGUCUCUUCCGCCAAAAUCGGCCAAUCGUGCCAUGACAAGAAGCAAAUGAUCGAAGGUCGCGUAGGGGUUAUCCGCUCGUCCCAAUUGUCCUCGUGGGGGGCAGUACUUCCAGUCCUCGAUUGGCAUGAGGAGUCGAUCUCCACUAAGCAUGCUUUGAAAGACGUCUUGCUUACAAUACCACCAUCUCAGAUCCAGCUUGGUUUUGAAAUCAUCAAUGUCCUUUUCGGUCAGGUCAUAUGGGUACGCCUGCGAUUCCAAACCUGGCUGCACCUGACGGUCAUAGUCCACUUGAACCCCGAUUAACCGGGAAAUCAACGCAGAGUCGACCUCCCAAUCUAUAUCGUCCAACAGUGAAACAGGGAUCCCGGCGACACGGCCAUAAGCAAAUUGCGCAGUGCACUGGUUGACUCUUGCUUUCGCGCCCCGGCGCAUCCGACGUGCGUUGCGAGUCAGGCUAGCGAUGUCGUGUUCCAGCACCAGUUUCGUCGCGCCUGACAGAUGCAGGUUCCAGCGGGAGUGGUCGCCGCUCAAUACCUCAUAAAACCCGAGAACAAGUACCGUGGCCAGCGUCGCAAUCUCAUGGCGUCGUCUGGGUAGACUCAGCAGUCUUCCCACUCGUCUGACCGCGUACAUAAAAUGCUUCGCGGCUCGAUCUUCGGAAUUCCUGCUCACCUUCGCGAAAUGCAACCCUCCCAGGGCCAGAAUCCCGUGGGCAAGGGCGGGAUACGACAGGGCCAGGGCCGGCAUCGUGAAGUUCCAAAGCGUCCUCGCCGGAGCAACCAAAGGGCUGAAGUGUUGUCUCUCGAAAAUGGAGAUGCAGUGGCUUGUGAUCUCGACAAAGUGCCGAAAUGCACGCUCGUUCCUUUCGUCUUGUAGCGGCGACGCGGCGAUCGGGAGUUGAAAGCUUGCGACUGAUUGGGCCUGCACCCUCUGCCAAUUGUACAUUUUUUGUCCCCAAAUCUGCCGGCCAGAUGGAUCCAGUAUUUGUGUGAGGUUGUCUGCAGCGUCGUGGUGAGAGACUCGGCUCUCGUCCAUUUCGACAUCGAAGGGAUCGUCGGGGUCGUCAUAGUCAUCAUCCCAGGUGGCAGCAAACGCUGCAGUGGUCGUAGGGGGCGGUACCGAGGAUGAAGGGUGAGGACCUCGAGCGGAGGCGCGGAUGUGGUACUGUCUAUCAAAGUUUCCUGUGGGAUAUCUCAGCGAUUGCAAUCGUCUCAUUGGAUAUCUAGAAUGGUCGUCUACAUACCGUCUUUGCUGUCGUGGGAGAAUGCCUGCGGCUGCCUGGCAUAAGCUGACGGUUGCCCUAAAGAAAAUCUGGCAUAUCCGGCAGGAAAAGGAGGAAUAGGGCCUGGAUAGUGUGCUUCAGUCCGUGCGGAGAGGUGAUGUCCUGACUGGGUCAUCCACCGACGAUCAAGAGGCGAGGGGGAUGCAGGAAGCCCUCCACUGUGAUAAUAUGCGUCUAGACCACCAUGUCUACUCCUUCCACUUGGGUCUGGCGUACCGCGGUAGGUAGCAGCUCUGGGUUGCUGCGCGUCCGACCACCGGUGGAAGUCGGACACGUCGCAGCCAUCCGAGAAAGGCGCAUUCGAGCGCAGAGAGGACGAUCCAAUGUCGCCGGCACCAAAUGGAGGGUGUUGAUAAGGAGACACAGUCGAGGGGUCGAGUGGGCGGUAUGAUCCCAAGUACGGCUGCUCAAAGCGUAGGUUGAAAAAAGCCCCUUCGCUUUGAGGUGAGAGGAACGGCUCCGUAGGGUCGUGGAAAGCAGCAGUGUCGCCUUGGGUUUGUUGUUUAUAGACGAGCGGUUGC